CGGAAGCGUAGCGGAAAAACGAUACUGGGCUCGGCAUUGCGGGUGGAAGAAAUAAAGGGUGGGCUGUCAAGGUCCUCUCUCGCACUAGCGCACCCCGAAAUGGCGCAGGAGCAGAGUGGGGGCGCGCCCUUGAUGGCAGAAGGCGGCUCCGAGGCGGAGGCUAAACUCAUUCUGUACCACUGGACACAUUCCUUCAGUUCUCAAAAGGUGCGCUUGGUAAUUGCUGAAAAGGCUUUGAAGUGCGAGGAACAUGAUGUAAGUCUGCCCCUGAGUGAGCACAAUGAGCCUUGGUUUAUGCGUUUGAACUCAACUGGAGAAGUGCCUGUCCUUAUCCACGGGGAAAACAUUAUUUGUGAGGCCACUCAGAUCAUUGAUUAUCUUGAACAGACUUUCCUGGAUGGAAACACACCCAGGCUAAUGCCUGAUAAAGGGAGCAUGUACUACCCCCGAGUUCAACAUUACCGAGAGCUGCUGGACUCCCUGCCCAUGGAUGCAUAUACACAUGGCUGCAUCCUGCACCCUGAGCUCACUGUGGACUCCAUGAUCCCAACAUAUGCAACAACAAGGAUUCGCAGUCAGAUUGGUAACACUGAGUCUGAACUAAAGAAACUUGCUGAAGAAAACCCAGAUUUGCAAGAGGCAUAUAUUGCCAAGCAGAAGCGACUUAAAUCGAAGCUGCUUGACCAUGAUAAUGUCAAAUACUUGAAGAAGAUUCUUGAUGAGCUGGAGAAGGUCUUGGAUCAGGUUGAAACUGAGUUGCAAAGGAGAAAUGAAGAAACCCCAGAAGAAGGCCAGCAGCCCUGGCUCUGUGGAGAAUCCUUCACCCUGGCAGACAUCUCUCUCGCUGUCACAUUGCAUCGACUGAAGUUCCUGGGUUUUGCGAGGAGAAACUGGGGAAAUGGAAAGCGACCAAACUUGGAAACCUAUUAUGAGCGUGUCUUGAAGAGAAAAACAUUUAACAAGGUUUUAGGACAUGUCAACAAUAUAUUAAUCUCCGCAGUCCUGCCAACAGCAUUUCGGGUGGCCAAGAAAAGAGCCCCAAAAGUUCUUGGCACCACCCUUGUGGUUGGUUUGCUUGCGGGAAUGGGAUAUUUUGUUUUUAUGCUUUUCAGAAAGAGACUUGGCAGCAUGAUAUUAGCACUUAGACCCAGACCAAAUUAUUUCUAGGCUUAUAGCGAUCCAGAGGGGGCAACCCAUCCAGUCAUUCAGCUAUAUUCUUGUUCACUCUUCCAGACCCAGGGAAGGAUGAUCCUGGGCAUAAUUUACUUUACACUUUGGGUAGUUUACAUGGGGAGAAGGGACCAUGAAAAUGACUUUGGGGAGUUGUUAAUUUUGAGAUUACUUCUUUGCAGUUCUAAACAAAAGCAUCUCUAAAACAAGUGCAAGGUCAGCAUAUGUAAACGCUAACUGGUAGAAAGUACACCUUUAGCUCAAAGUACCAGCUCAAGCCCUGAAUUAUUUUAGCGUGUGGUUAUUAUUAUGAGCAGGCUGUAGCAAUGACUUGUGAUUGCUCCUAGCUCUUCACCUGUGAUCACAGAGCUAGGCCGAGUAUCGAAUAGUGAGCAGUACUUUCCCUUGGAAUUUAGACAUUAUCCUUGUUAUAUGCCAGAGGGGUUUAGACAGCAGCAGGAAACAAUAGUGCUACUUACUAGCUAGCUACUAGUCUUAGGCAGAAACCAGAGUGGCAAAAAAAGAAAAGGAAAAUGGAGGAAUGAAGCCCUGCAUAGUGAGGAACAGUUGAAGGCAAUCUCCAGCUGGCCUGCAGUGGCAUUUAUGACUGUCUGUCCUAUAAGUAAGCAUUACACUUAUCUUCUUUUAAAAAAAAAACACAACUUUUUUUGGAGUUCUUUUUUUAUAUUUAUUUUCCCUUUUGUUGCCUUUAUUGUUUAUCGUUAUUGUUA